AUGAACCUGCCCGCGUUCCUUCUUGCCGAUAUCGGUGGCGCUUCAUUCACGUCCAUUGAGGCUAGCAAGAUCGACCACGACAAGGAGCAGCCUUUCGCGCAGCUCGCCCCCGUCACCGCCACCGAGAAGGCCGCCGUCAGGUUCAAACCGAGCCUCGAGGUCGUGAAAGGCUGCCAUCCAUACUCUGCCGUCAAUGCCGCGGGUGAAACGAGCGCGGGGCUGAAGGGAACUGACAAGCCCGAUGGAAAGUGCAAGGGUUCGAUCCUCGGCUCCCAAGUGUACGGCCGCGCUGGUCGUGGAUCGGAGGCGGUCACCGGCACACGCUGUCGUGUGGCUUGA